AUGUGCUCCGAAAAAGUAAGUCAAAGACUGACAUGGGGAUGUAGCGCUGUUUUCGCUUACCUGUUCAUUUUGUUAUUCUUCCGCAUGUAUCCUACAACCUUCGUAUCAGUAGAGGAGGAUUUCGUAUAUGACAUCAUUCGGAACGAUUGUGCGUGCCAACAUGAAAAUGUGAUUUACGAUUUCUGCUAUCGCCUUCCUACAAACACGAGCAUCAAAGGGCGGCGCUUUGAUUGCAAAUACAUCGCACAUCUUCAAAACCUAGGUCUCCUGUCAAACCAAAGCACCGUCAACUUUCAAAACUAUUACAUGCCUGCCCCCAGGUUUGUGACGGCAAUAUCAGAAAAUCACUUCGAAGAAGGUCUCACCUUGAUAGCAAACAUCCGCAAAAUUUGGAAAACGGAGUGGAUUAUCGUUUAUGAUCUAGGCCUCAAUAACAAGUCAGCAGCUGAUGUGCAAAGUAAAUGCUUUGUGAAAUUGCGAAAGUUUCCUUUCGAGUUGUAUCCUGACUAUGUCGCAAAACUAAAGGAGUAUAGAUGGAAACCCAUUUUGAUAGCAAUGACAUUGAAAGAAUUUGGUGCUGUUUGGUACAUGGAUGCUUCCGUACGCUGGUUCAAGGAUGACCGAGAUACAUUCUACAGUGAGGUUACAUGUGGCAACAUAGGAUGGCUAGAGAGGUUCGGUUAUUUUGACAGCUUAUUUAUUUCUUUCGGAGCAGAGUUAGUCUAA